AUGGAGGUAAGCACCAAGCUCAUAAGAUUCUUCGAAAUGAGCUGAAUACAAAAACACUGAAAAAUGAACAAGAUUUUUUUUUUUUGUAUGAGAUAAAGAGAUAACAUUCAUUAUUUCAUUUUUCUUCUUUUCUUUUUUAAGGAGGCCAGUGGAGGUGACGGUUCAUUGGCUGAUCCAGAACGCAGUACAUCAGAUGAAUCUUCAAAAACUGAGAGCAUGGAUGUCAGUGAACACAGCGAUGUGAACGGUUAGUUCAGCUUUGUAUAGUGUCUGUAGAAUUGAACAGCUGUGAAUAUAUCUAGAUGUGACGUGGCACUUUCCCUGUCACCGUAGGUUUAAAGAGAUUCAACUGGUAAAUUAAUCAUUUUAAAUACAACAGAUGGUAAUUUAAUGUACCUGUUGUUAAAAUCUUUGCUGUGUUUUACAUUUUUUACCUUUUUGAGCUAAACCUCAAACAUGCUCCGUGGUGUGACUGAAGCCAGCAUAUAAAAAAUCAAAUUUUCUGAUACACACUUCCUGCAUAAUUGCAUAAGACUUUCCCGUCAGAAAAUGACUUAACUUUUACAUUCAUAUAUUUUUAAAUCUGUAAAAACAGUCCAGUUUGUUACCAAAAUCAAUGUGGUGUGACUCCCAGUGUUGGGGGUAAGGCAUUACAAAGUAACGGAUUACAGUCAUGAUGAUUUUGGGUAACUAAGUAAAGUAACGCACUACACUAAGAAAAUUGCUAACAUUUCCCCCAGUCCCUAAAAAGUUUUGUAUUUACUUGGUGUGACAAAAAAAUUGAAAUUUUGAUUUUAAAAAUUUCUAAACCUAUAUACAAUGUAUACACAAAAAAAGAAAAACGUAUGUUUUGCUCACUUCUUUUAAAACUGUAAACAGUGAGCUCACAAACUGGUAGAAAAAGCUAAAAUGUCUACUCAAGUGACACAAAACCUAGUUAUAAGUUCAUAAUAUUUACAAAUAAACAAAGAUAACAUGUCAUCAUCAUUUUCUAACUAUGUUCACAUUUAUGAAUUCACCCAUAUAACGGCUAGUGUGACUAUGGAGCCAGAUCAGGCUCAAAAGUAUUGAAAAGUAGUGUAAGUGAAAAAAUAAAAAAAAAGAUAUAAAAAAUAAUAGAAAAUAAGAUUUGAACCUGAAAAAAAUAAAAUGGAACCUGGAAGUCUUGAAUUCCGAAAUUGAACUUUGAAAAAUCACAGAAUGCAUGAAAAAAAUCUGUUCAAAUGUAACUUUGAUUCUGCUUUUUAACACUUUUGAAUAAAUUAUUUAUAUUUUUCACUUCAAUGUAUAUUUCAAUCUUAGAGUACUUUUUUUUCCAUUGAAUUUUAUUUAUUUAUUUCAGAUUCAGAUCUUAUUUUUACGGAUUCAAAGCGUUUUUUUUGUUCGGUUUCAGAUUUUUAUUUUUCAGAUUCAGAUCUUUUUUCGGAUUCAAGUGAAAAAAGUGAACCUGAAACUUUUCAAGUUGAAUCCGAAAAAAGAUCUGAAUCUGAAAAAUAAAAAUCUGAAACCGAAAAAAAAAACCGCUUUGAAUCCGUAAAAAUAAGAUCUGAAUCUGAAAUAAAUAAAUAAAAUUCAAUCGAAAAAAAAAGUACUCCAAGUUUAAAAUAUACAUUGAAGUGAAAAAUAUAAAUGAGUAAUUUAUUCAAAAGUAUUAAAAAACAGAAUCAAAGUUACAUUUGAACAGAUUUUUUUCAUGCAUUCUGUGAUUUUUCAAAGUUCAAUUUCGAAAUUCAAGACUUUCAGGUUCCAUUUUAUUUUUUUCAGGUUCAAAUCUCUUCACUUUUUAUUUUUUAACUUACACUACUUUUCAAUACUUUUGAGCCUGAUCUGGCUCCAUAUGUGACUGAAACUUCUUUAGAGAAGAUAUUUCCUCAUACAAAGAUUUUUGGGCGAAGAACUGUCCAAAAGUAUGAAAGUUCAAUUGAUCAGUCAAUCAAUCUCUAUUCAUACAGCACCGGUUAAAAAUAAGUGUUUCCAAAGUGUUCAACAAAUAAAUUAUGAUCUAGAACAGACUAUUUACAAAGACCCAAUAUACAGACGGGAUGAGAUUGAGUCCCAGCUAUGAUCAGACCCACUCCUAUCCUCAUCUUCAACCACAUAAGUGAAACACUUGACAGCAUUUAUCAAGUUACAGUGGAGAGGAAGAACCUCGGGCAGAACCAGACUCAUGUUAGACAGUCAUCUGCUGAGACUGAACUGGGCUUAGAGAGGAGAGAGAGACCUAUGGACAGAGGAGAGACUGAUAGAGAGAUGAAGGAGGGAGAGAUGGACAGAGGAGAGACUAGUGCAGGUAGUCAAAGCAGCUGGAAAGUAGAGGUCCAUGUUAGUAAAAUGUCUGCUACUUUGAAUUCUAAUUCAAAGAAACCCUCAAAAAUCCUAAAAUAUCACUUUUUAAAAGUGCCAUAUCAUCAGGUUUAUUGUGUUUAUCUUGAUGUGUGAAGCCAUGUUGUAUAUAAUGUUGUUUAUCACAAAAAAUGAGGAAGCUAACUAUCACUAGCAUCUGAAGCUAAUGUAGUCACGCAGCACACUAGUCCUGUUCAGCAGUGGUUUAUUAACACAUUUGUUUUCAGUGUUAACAUAUAUGAUGCUUCUAAGAUUUAACAUGCAAUGAUGAGACAGCAGUAUUCAAUUAAGAGUAAGACACACAUUUCAUGUCUGAAAUUAACAUUCAUUCAGUUUGAGGUUGUAAGAGCUAUGCUGCGCUAUUUUCUGAGAUUGUAAACCUGACUGUGCAGAAAGUAUGCUCAGUCCAAAGGAAAGUGAACAUGGCAGCACAAGAUAUCGUGUAUUCAGACAUGACCAUCAUUCUGCUGUAGCAUUUUCAGUAAAAAUACAGUAAAAAAUAAAAGUACAUAUAGUAAAAAUGAACAAGUUUGAAUAGGUGAGCCCUCUCAGAAAAAUCAAAAGCUUUCCUUGCAUCAACCGCCAUCAGUAUCAAUUCUAAAUUCUCAUUCUCAGUAUACUGAACUGUAUAUUGCCUUGUCAUGUGAUGCAGUGUUCUCUCGUACAUUACGCACAGGCAUUAUCCCGUACCACCUCCUCAGUGAGAAAAGUGACGUAAACAAUCCACUGAUUUGACAGAUUAUCAGCAAAAACUCACCUCACUUACCUCGCCUUUAAAAUCUGCCAAGAAGGCAUUUUUGUCAUGCAAAGAUCUAUGCUACCACUCAUGUACACAAACUCUUCUCUAAUUUUAAACUCUCUCCUUCAAACCCACAACCCUCCUCUAUGUUGACCCCAGACAUAUUUGUCUCGUACUUUACUGACAAGGUUGCCUCAUAAAUAACCUUUGUAGAUUAUAAGGGUUAGGGGUUAGGGGUUAAGGUUAGAGUUUUAGGGGUUAGGACUUGGUCUAUCAGUUUUUGCUUAGUUACAUCAAAGGUCCAUCAGUUAAAUUUGUAUUUUCAAAUUUGGUAUUUAAACAUUUUUGGUUAAUGAUAUGAUUCAGAAAUAAUGAUCUUGCAGAAAAUCUGUCUCAACACAUUUUUAUAAUGACUUUGAACUUUUAAUUUCACACCUUUUCUCAACCCAUUGAUGUUCCAGGUGAACUGAGGCACUUAGUUUUUUACAUUUUUAAAUAUGAUAAUAAAAAAAAGUUAGUUGCUUCAUCAGGUCAGGGCAAUAUUUAGUCUUUGUAGUGCAUUCAAUUGAAUAUAAGUGGGAAAGGAUUUGCAAAUCAGUGUUUUAUUUUUCAUUGACAUAUUCUUUUUUAUUACAUAACCUGCCAAGUUCAUUAGAACUGGAGUUUGUAUUAACCACCAAGAUGUGACUGUGUGAGUGAAUGAAUGAUGUAUCCAAUGUAAAGCGCUUUGAGGGUCUCUGAUAAAGCACUAUAUAAAAUCUGAUGCAUUAUUAUUAUUAUUAUUAUUAUUAUUAUUAUUAUUAUUAUUAUUAUUAUUAUUAUUAUUAUUAUUAAAGACUACCUGUAAACUGCCGAUAGCUGUAAAAAUUAUGCAGAGCUCAGAGAUCGCUAAAACAAAGAUUUUUAAAUCUACUAAAAUGUUACAAACAGGUGCAAAAUGCAAAUUUAAAGUGGGUAACAGAUGCCAUCAUAUCACAUUAACAUAAAUUGUAUGCUUAAGAAUUAAAUACUGAAAUGAUCAAGGAUUGAUUUGAAAUAAUAAAAAUAUUUAUUCCCACAGGGACACAACUGGAGAACCUGUUGAAGGACAUGAAACUUGAGAACUUCUACCAAGAGAAGCUGUCCCUGAGCAGAAUACUUCAGAUCGAUGAGAAGACCACCACUGAUGAACCUACCAAGUGUAAUUCAGACCUUCCAUGGUAUUUUCUAAAGAAACUGAUGAUGGUUAAUGUGACAGCUAGAAAUGUGAAAUUCACAUCAACAUCUGAAUCAGCCUGUGCAGCUCACACAGAUGGAACAGAAUUUGAUAUAGAUGAACUGUUUGAUAAUCUGGACUCAGGUGACAAGCUGAAUCCCCUUGACAUUAUCACUGCUCUGUUCCUGUGUUCUGAUAGUUUUGUACAGCAAGAAAUGGCUCUCAAAAUGUCCUUGUGUCAGUUCUCUGUGCCUCUGCUGCUCCCUAACUGUGACACAAAGCAGUGCACACUAAUGCUCUGGGCCUUAAGAAACAUCGUUAAAAGCUACACACCUCUGUCACUGUCAGAGUCCAAGGGCUUCAUCGAAGACAGAAUUGUUGUCUCUAAACUUCCAAUGGUUUCUUUUGUGAGACUGGGUGAGUGCUCCUUGUCCAAGUCAGAGAUCCUCAACAAACUUCUGAGCAACUCCCAGCAGUACCAUGAUACCUUUGUUCACCGCAACAUGGAGAAUGGUAACUGCCCAAGACAAAUAUCCAAUGGAUUGACUGAGAUUUCCUGGUACCUACCUUGUGGGAACAAAAACAUGGAUGUUUUCAGUGAGCCGGUGGCUGUAGCUAACCUUCGUGGGGACAUCACUUCUUUUGAAACACAGUUCGCUUUUUUGUGUCAGACAUCUGCAGCAGUUUUUGUGUUCUUUGACAAUCUAGACUCUGAGUGCAAGCUGCUUACAAACCAGCACCACAAGGCACAAAUCUUCUUAGUUGGUAACUAUCAAUGCCAGCGAAUCAAAAAAGAUGCUUUGGGAAAGGUGGUAAAAAAGUUGAAACUGACCAAAACCCAAGUCCUAAUGAAGACUCCACAAAUAAAUGACGCUGACUUCAUUAAAAAUCUGCGUGAAACAGUCUGCAAUGUAGUCGAGAACUCAAAGGAAAAAAUGGGAAUUGAACAGAUGGCUGACAUUGCCCAUGAACUGGAAAUCUUGGUUGAUGAAGACUGUGGCGAGUGCCAGACUGCAAAGAAAAAUGCAGAUGCAAUCACUGCAGGAAUACAAGAUAUCCUGAAGUACAAAAAAGCUCAGCUGCCAUUGCAAGGUGAAACAUGGAAGGAACUGACCUCCUUAGAGAAGAAAGAGUGUCGGCUUAAAAUAAAAGAGUCAGAAACUUUAGAAGAGUACAAAAGUGAACUUCAGGAAAAGAAAGCACAACUCCGGGAAAAACAGCGCUCCAAUGGUGUUUCUGAUGCAAUGACACGUUUCAUCAAUGCAAUCUCAAGUUCAGAUACUGAAAUGUGUUACUUCCUGAAAUGGAUGCGAAUGAAUCUUGAUAAUCUAUCUCGACAGAAACUAUCUGGACUCAGAGAAACUUACAAAAAAAAAAAAAAGAGUCCUAAAAACAAAAAGGAAAUCAAAAAGAUUGACAGACAACUUUCCAACAGCUCUCUUGGGAUUGAACACUUCUUCCGUGAAAUGGGUCAGAUCUAUGAAGCUUCAGUCUCUCUUCCAGAAACAAAUCCAUCGCGUCAACAGUUUAAGCAUCUUCCCAGACUAUGUGCAGGGUUGUUGCUUCAUGGAUUUCCUCUGGAGCUUGUAGAUGGUGAUGCAUCUAACAUACCUCUCAGAUGGGUGACUGAUGUUCUGUCUGAACUCAAUGACUUGGUGUCUCCUAACAAGAUACUAGUAGUCACAGUUCUUGGAGUUCAAAGUACAGGGAAGUCUACCCUCCUCAACACCAUGUUUGGAGUUCAGUUUGCAGUCAGCAGCGGUCGAUGCACUCGAGGUGCUUUCAUGUUGCUCAUCAAAGUGAAUGACGAUGUGAAAAAAGAGCUGAACUGUGACUUCUUGGUCAUCAUUGACACUGAGGGCUUGAAGUCACCAGAGCUUUCAAAACUAGACAACAGCUAUGAACAUGACAAUGAGCUUGCGACUCUCGUGGUGGGGUUAAGUGAUAUCACUAUUGUCAAUAUUGCAAUGGAGAAUGCAACAGAAAUGAGGGACAUCCUACAGAUAGUGGUUCAUGCAUUCCUCAGGAUGAAGGGGGUGGGUAAAAAACCCAAGUGUCUCUUUGUUCAUCAGAAUGUAGCCGAUAGAUCAGCUCCUGAAAAGAACUUACGAGAAAGAGAACUGCUCCUGGAGGACUUAAAUAAGAUGACGCAAGCAGCAGCCAAGAUGGAGAAAAAAGAGGAGUACAAGAGCUUCACUGAUCUGAUUGAAUACAGUCCAGACACUGGGAGUGUGUACAUCCCAGGACUCUGGAACGGAAGUCCACCAAUGGCACCAGUAAAUGCAGGGUACAGCGUGGCUGUUUAUGAGCUCAAGAAGAGCGUCCUUAAAAUGUUGGGAGACUGUAAGACUUCUGUUAAUAAGAUCUCAGAGUUUGCAGAGUCGAUAAAAGACUUGUGGUCAGCUGUCAAGCAUGAAAACUUCAUCUUCAGCUUCAGAAACAGCCUGGUGGCUGAUGCAUACAUGAAGCUCUGCACAGAAUUCAACAAGUGGGAAUGGGAAUUCAAAAAGGAAAUGUACUCAUGGACAAAAAAGGCAGAAACUAAAAUCUCUAACACAGGCAGUGGGAAAUCUGAGGGGUCUAGCUUUGGUCAACUUCUCACACGUUUGAAAAGCGAAGCAUCCUCAGAGCUGUCUAAGUGGGAGAAAAAGCUUCUUGACAAUCUGGAAGAGUACUUCAAGAAAAAAGAGGGUCACGUCGAUCUUGUGGAAGCAUACAGAGAAGAGUUUGCCAACAGUGCAAAGAGCCUUCGUCGAGAAAUGGAAAGGUCUGUAAAAAACCAGCUCACAGUGGCAACAGACAUCAGAAAGGGAAUGAUAAAAGUUGACAAAAUCAAGAUGAACCACACAAAAAAGGUGAAAGAGAGAGUGCUUGCAUUGAUUGAAGAAUGCCGUAAGAAAAAAGACAACAUGACAGACACAGACUUGGACAAAGAAUUCAACAAGAUGUGGGAUGAAAUGGUGAGGGAAAUAGACCUUUGCAAACAAGAGCCCACAGAUGUCUGGGCAAGUGUAAAGGGUGUUCUGAGAGACAAUCUAACAUGGAAGGGGAGUCAUGUGUGUGAAUUGUUGGAAAAAAAGAAACUGGAAGAUUGUGGGAAUAUGCCCUUCAAAUAUACAGUUGAGGGAAAAUACAAACAGCUGAAGCACAAAUUCUGCGACUGGUUUAGGAUUGAGGAUCAGGUUGAGGCACUACAAAAACUGGCUGAGCAGAUCAUUGAGGAUUGCACACAAUUUGUGAAAGAAAAAGUGGAGAGAAAGACCGACUACCAUGACACCUUCAUUCAGCAGAUCCUACGCAUGAUUGAUGAGAAGCUGGAAAACAACCAGGAUAUUCAGAUAGAGAGAGAUUUUGAGGUUUCUCUGAAACAGCACAUCUGUGCAAACGCAGCCAGGUGUUUUCAGAAAAUGCAUCAAGAUUUCAUACAGAUGAACGACCCCCACAGAUGUCUCAACCAAAACAAAGAGAGGUUCAGGGAAAAUUUCAAGGAUGAGUUUAAUGAGCUAGACCUCUGCCAGAAAAAAGCAAAAGGAUUCACCGACCACUGCUUAAUGCCUGCUGUGGAAAAAUUUGUCAACAGCUCCCUGGGUUUGGAUAUCAUUGGCGUCAUGAUGGGGAAGUCCCAGUUCAGCACACGAAUGUUCUUCCAGUAUUCAGUCUUACUGGAUUUACUUAAAAGGGAGAACUUUGAGGACUACCUGAGCUACGACUGCUCACAUGAGAAGUAUGUGAAGAAAUGGAUCCUUGAUGAAAUGGAAAAGCUCUUGACCAAUGAGUCUGUGUCAAAGUUUGAGGAGCAACAUCUCAGGUCAAGUAUCAAGAGCAUAACUGAUGCAGCGCACAAAGCUCAGGCAAAGGAAGGUGGUAACCUGGAGAAAUUCAUUCAAGACUUCCGUGAAGAACUUGUUGAUACACUGGUCAUUACUGAGGAUUCUGUCAGUCCUUUCAUGGUCCUGAACAAAGUCAACCUCGAACAGUUCGCUCACCAGCUCACUGAGUGUGUGAAAGACUUGACAGAUGUGCUUGGAAAGCAGUUUAAAAAGACACCCAUCAGAACAAAGCUUGCAAAACUUGAUGUAAAGCCUCAGGAUGAGCUUUUCAAAAAACUUGUUGGAUGUGGUAAACAGUGUCCAUUCUGCAAAGUACCCUGUGAGGCUGGGGCCACGGUGCAUACACAGCACUUCACUUCACUUCAUCGACCAGUGGGUCUGGGCAGUACCAGAUGGGAGGGCACAAAAAAACUUGUUGUUGACAUAUGCACCUCCUUGGUGAGCAGUAACUGUUCAUUCCGCUGUGAUGCCACAAAAGGUGAAUACCACCCCUACAAAGAGUACACUGAAAUCUACCCUGAGUGGCGAAUUCAACCAGACACAAGCCUUGAGAGUACAGACUAUUGGAAAUAUGUUCUCAACAGAUUUAACCACAAGUUUGCUGAAGAAUCUAAUGCAGAGCCUGCUGAAAUUCCUGAUACAUGGAAAAAAAUCACAAAGCAGCAGGCAGAAGAAUGUCUGAAAGAGUCAUUCAGAGUCAAAUAA